GAAGUGGGGUGUUUUGGGAAGCCAGGUGUAGGGCAUUCUCUGGGGCCUAAUUAUUAUUGGGCUCCGGGCCAUACAGGCUACUGCCACCUGUGGCUGCUAGGGCACCAAGGGAACAGUCGUAUGGAGCCUGAUGGGAUAUUAAAGGAACUCAACUCCUGGAGCCGUAACAAAUAGUUCCUGCAGGACAUGGGGAAAAGAUAGUGUCAGCAAAAGCACAAAACCUGGGGAAGAGCUGGUAGUACAAGUUCCAGUGUUGGAUGUGCAAAGUGACAACUUUAAGGAGAUGUGGCCAUCCCUUCUGCUGGCCAUAAAGACAGCUAGCUUUGUGGCUGUAGACACGGAACUGAGUGGGCUUGGGGAUAGGAAGAGUUUGCUGAACCCGUGCAUCGAAGAACGUUAUAAGGCUGUGUGUCAUGCUGCUAGGACCCGUUCUAUCCUCUCCCUGGGCCUCGCCUGCUUCAAGCAGCAGCCAGACAAGGGUGAACACUCAUACCUGACCCAGGUGUUCAAUCUGACCCUGCUGUGUGUGGAAGAGUAUGUCAUAGAACCAAAGUCUGUGCAGUUCCUGGUACAGCAUGGCUUCAACUUCAACAGGCAGUAUGCCCAGGGUAUCCCAUACCAUAAGGGCAACGACAAGGGUGAUGAGAGCCAGAGCCAGUCGGUGCGGACACUGUUCCUGGAGCUAAUCCGGGCCCGCCGGCCCCUGAUACUGCAUAAUGGUCUCAUAGACUUGGUGUUCCUGUACCAGAAUUUCUAUGCACAUCUGCCUGAGAGCUUGGGAACCUUCACUGCUGACCUGUGUGAAAUGUUCCCAGCUGGCAUUUAUGACACCAAAUAUGCUGCUGAGUUUCAUGCCCGCUUUGUGGCCUCCUACCUAGAAUAUGCCUUCCGGAAAUGUGAGCGGGAAAAUGGAAAGCAGCGGGCAGCUGGCAGCCCACAUCUUACCCUGGAGUUCUGCAACUAUCCUUCUAGCAUGAGGGCCCAUGUAGACUACCGCUGCUGUAUGCCCCCUACAUCCCACCGUCCUCAUUCCACCAUCAUCUGUGAUAACUUCUCGGCCUAUGGCUGGUGCCCCUUGGGAUCACAGUGUUCUCGGUCCCAUGAUAUUGAUCUUAUCAUUGACACUGAUGAAGCUGCCACAAAGGAUAAGCGGCGACGGCGACGACGUAAGGAGAAACGACGGAGGGCCUUGUUGGGCCUGCCUGGGAAACAGAGCUCUGGGGAAGCCGAGGAUGGUCCUCCCACUAAGCAGGUCUGUGGGGAUGGCGUCAAGGCUGAGCACACUGAGCAGGAGGUGGCUCAGGAUGAGACUAGCAACCAGCCUGGCUCUGAGCAAGAUCACAAAAAUGACUUGGAGAUGGGACUUAAAGCAGCAAGGUUUGAAACAGCUGACAUGGCUGCCUUAGAAGCACCAGGGAGUCAAGCCAGCCCUAACCGAGUGCCUGGGGAUGGAUUGCAUCGGGCUGGUUUUGAUGCCUUUAUGACAGGUUAUGUAAUGGCCUACAUGGGAGUAAGCCAAGAACCUCAGCCCUGUAGCUCUGGACCCUGGCUACCUGAAUGCCACAACAAGGUAUACCUGAGUGGCAAAGCUGUACCCCUCACGGUGGCCAAGAGCCAGUUCUCCCGUUCCUCCAAAGCCCACAACCAGAAGAUGAAGCUCGCUUGGGGCAGCAGCUGACCUAACUUCUGCUUAGCACCCAGAGCCCAAGAAGAGAAGCUGAGGGUAGAGCAGAGGGUUCUGGUCCCUCUAGCCUAUGAAGGUCCUACACCCAACUACAGAGUUGGGGAGGAGGGCUCCUGACAGAGAUACUGCUGCAUUGCUCUGGACUUUCUUUACCCCAGAGGCUGAGAAACAAUGGUACAAGUAAGAAAACUGACCAGCACCUGUAGUAACCAACUUUAUUUUUAAGUCUGAGAGUGUCUUGGGAAAGUUUUACCAAAAAAUCAGCAGAAACAAGUUAUGAAAAUGUU